UACUACAGACAACUACGGUCUACUACAAACAGUCUACUACAGACAACUACAGUCUACUACAAACAGACUACUACAGACAACUACGGUCUACUACAGACAACUACGGUCUAGCACUGACAGUGCCAUGGAUCAAAGAAAAAAACGAAGAAACAGGGUUAGAUUUGUUGGCGCUGCUCCUCAGGCCCGUCCAACAUCUCACUCGGACUUCCACAGUCUGCAAAAGGCCCUUGAUGAUGCACACCAGGAGAACCAUCGCCUGAAAGGGCAGAUAGGCAGUCUGUUGCAGCAUAAGGAUGAAUUAUCGGCUGAAAAGAUGAACGUGCACAACGCUAAUCACAAAAUAGGCAGGCUGGAGAAGUUUGUAGAGGCCUUGGAGAAGCAGUUAGAAGCUGCACAUAAAAAGAACAACGAGACCAUUACAAAGUAUGAGUCACAGAUCUCCUUCUUCAGGAAAAGUCUGCAAUUCCGGAUGGAGCAGAUGUAUUUGAGCCUGCAGAGCGAGCAGAGGUAUAAAGCGAUAGCUGCAAGAUUGGAGGCAGAGAAACAAAAACUCUCAGAGCAAACUGAUCAGACGUUCAAGGCGACGUUAGAGAGCCAGAGCAGCGUUAUGCAGCAGCUCUACCAGAGUAACAAAGAAAUGCUGGAUCUCAGGAAGGAGAAGGAGGGCCUCUCUGAGAGGCUCACAGAGGCCUCAAACCAGCUCUUGAGCCAAGAAUCCAAAUUUCUCCAGAGUGACAAAGCUUGGCAGUCAAAACACGAUGAUCUGCAGGAGAAGUUCAGGAAGGAGCUGUCCGAGAGAGAACAGAGCUGGGAAGUCAGAUUAAAGCAGAUGGAGGAAGAAAAGAAACUACUGGCAGAGAGAGAACAGACCUGGAAGACCAUGGUAAAGCAGAUGGAGGAAGAAAAGAAAGAGCUGGUCCAGAAAGCACAGAGCCUGGAGACCACAGUAAAGCAGGUGGAGGAAGAGAAGAAAGAACUGGAGGAGCUCUAUUUGAAAACUAAGAAGAAGAGGAGAGGUUUCUGGUUUCGCAUGAAGAAGGUGAAGACUAGACAGACAAAGGUGGAAGAAAAGAAAAGUAAAAAAGAUAAGGAGAUGAAAACGAAAGAAAAGGAAAAGGAAAAGAAGGUGGAUGUGAAAACGGAGAAGAAGAAGAAGGGCUUUUUCAGCUGGAUGCACAAGAAGAAGUGUGACAGCCACAGUGAGGUGGAGGAGGCUGCUGCAUGUUCGGCUCAGGCUGGACAACUGUAGCCACCAUCCCCACCCCCUCACCCUUCUACCCUCCUCCAUCUCCUUCACCCCCUCUUUCUACCCUCCCUCCAUCCCCCCUCCAUCUCCUCUUUCCAUCCUCCCUCCAUCCCCCCUCCUCCAUCUUCCUCACCCCUCUGUCUUUCCACCCUCCAUCCUCCUCCGUCUCGCUCUUUCCAUCCUCCCUCCAUCCCCCUCCUCUAUCUCCCUUAUCCUCACCUCCAUCACCCCCUACCCUCCACCCUCCCAUCCCCUAAAGUUGAGGGCAGCACACUGGCUCAGUGAUUAGCACUGCAGCCUCACAGAAACACCUCCACCUUGUUUCUGUGUGGAGUUUGCAUGUUCCUCCCUGUGUCUGCGUGGCUUUUCUCCUGGUGCUCCGGUUUCCUCCCACAGUCCAAAGACAUGCACGUUAGGCUCAUUGGAAACUAUAAAUUGCCCCAAAAUAUAUUAAAAAUUCUUCAUUAAAAAUCAAAUACAAUCAAAUAAAA